UUUUCAUACAUGAAAUAGGCCUCUGUGUUUGCAAAGAGGUAAAGAGGCGGAAAAGAGAGGGGAUCUGAACUGGUUUUCCAUGUCAAACACUUCAAUUCUCCAUAGAAACUCUGAUCUUAACGCGGAAACUUUAUUAAACCCUGAUGGUGGAUUGAUAAGACCGAAUUUCUCUCGGAUCUUUUUAUUGUGGAGACCGGGGAGAGAUGACAGAGGCAAAUUGCUCUUUUAAUUAAAGCAAUGCACCAGAGGAAAUUGCUGUCUGAAUAUUGUCUCCGAGAUGGGGUUUGUGACAGUUGCCUGGAAACUUCAAUCUGUCCCACAUUUAUUCCAGAUCACAGUUAUGAGAUAAAGUUUAAUAAAAAUCUUUGCCCGAAUGAAAUCCAACCCUUUCUUGAACAACAGCUACAAUGAGACAGAACUGCGGAGGAAACCUUAUGUUUAACAUGUAUCUCUCAGAUCCAACAGAAAAUCUGUUGAAAGAAAGCAAAGGUGCAUCCUGGAGUCCCAUAAACACAGGAGUGCAAAAAGGCAGUGGACAGAUUCAGCUAUGGCAGUUUCUCCUCGAACUCCUGUCAGACAGCGCCAACAUGUCCUGCAUCGCCUGGGAAGGAACGAAUGGAGAAUUCAAGCUAAUUGAACCAGAUGAGGUGGCCCGGCGAUGGGGCGAGCGCAAAAGCAAGCCCAACAUGAACUACGACAAACUCAGCCGCGCAUUGCGGUACUACUAUGACAAAAACAUAAUGACAAAGGUCCAUGGGAAGCGAUAUGCUUACAAAUUCGACUUUCACGGGUUGGCUCAGGUUUGUCAACCCUCAUCAACAGAGCAAGCUCUUUAUAAAUUCCAGAGUAAUUUUGCCCCCAUUCCCUUUUCGGGGAUUUCAAAGCUAAACCUGGUUGGUCCAGGCGUCGGUUCGUCUGGAUUCUCUUAUUGGCCGGGGUCGCCACCGACUCUCUACCACAGUCACAACCUCCAACCCCCGGGACCGUUUGGUUCUGUCUCUGCCUCGCACAUCAGCUGCGUCAACAACAUCAACAACCUGAAUAAUAUCAAUAACCACUACAAUUGACUCCUAUUAACUCUACCAAUAACGUUGUUAAAAAAGGCCUAAUCAUAAUUCACAAUGGUAGCUGAAGGCGCGCGCCUUUUUAAAUUAGGUCUCUGAAUUAUGAUUUUUCCUCUUGUGGACCAACAUUUUUUUUUAAAGUCCUCAAUAAAUGGGUCUAUGGGAAAAUCAUGAAUCAUUUAUGGAAAGUUUAAAAUUUAAACACGUGCUUUAAAAAAAAAAAAAGAUAUGAAGCCUAUAUCAAACAAAAUCUAGAUUAAGAACCAUUGUCUUGCCUAUUUUUCUCUCGUUGACAAGAUAUUACGAAAACGUUCUCGAACGUUGCUGAUAUAAAUACUACAAAUCGAACAGACGUAAUUUCCUUAUUCUACAUGUCAGAGAUGCAUGUUUUCGCUACCCGGAGGUUGCAAAACGAUGCGUCCUGCUGAACGCAUUCUUGGUGUCUUGUAAGAGAUUGUCUGGCUUCUAGCGCCUCCAGGUGGCUAUUAAUUCGGCAUAUAGAUACUGAUUUGAUCUCAAAUAAGCUUGCAGUGUACUUUUCAAUGUAGAGAUAUUACUGCGACUCUAAAAAUAUUUUGGAGAUACAGAUAUAUCGUCACUUUAAAUAGCCUUCAUUAUGUAGAUGUAGCCUACACAGGCAGUUUACAAUGCAGUGCAGGGACUACUAGAUUACGACAACAAAAGGGGUUGCCUUUUCGUUUUCAUACGUUUUCUUUAUAGCCUAUUUUUACAUUUGACACACAGAUUCGACAUUUUUAUGCACGAAAAAAAAUACAUAUAUUGUUCGAUUAACACUUAAAGCCUCUUAGAAAUGAUCUUUGAAAUUGUAGGCUAAUUUUUCCGAAAAGCUAUAUCCACCAAUUUUUCACAUUUGUGUUUUUCAUCGGAAAUGAUUGAUUAUGGGUACCUUAAUUUAUGUGUAAAAUAGUACUGUUCUCAGAUUUUCUUGUGUAUGAUUAUUAUACUUUUUUUUGCAAAAUGUUAUACAUCCAUUAUUUAGCUGGAAUGUAAUGUUCAUAUCCUGUCAAAUGGAAAAUGUAGGCUAAUUGUUUUAGAUACAGAUCUCAUAUUACUGUAUGAAAAAAAGUUGAUUUAAAAAAUAUGUAUGUUGUGCCCUAAAUGUAUAAUUUGUACAUUUAUUUAUACACAUUUUUGUUACUUGUUACAUUUGACUCUGUAAAACCUAGCAGUACUACCUAUUUCCCUGAGAGUGUGGCGCAUAUGUAGCAUUUUGAAAAACACGUAAUUAUUUGUCUCUGAAAUGAAACCAUCAAGUGAUAGAUUUUAAACAAAUACAUAUCUGUCAUUGAACUACGCCAUGGCAUGAUUAAAUAAGGCGGGGGAAAAAAACACAAACCUCUUUCAUAAUUUGUUUAAACAAUAAAAGCUAAUUUACCAACAUUUCUGAAAAUGGGUAGGUCUAUAUAACGUUUUAGAAUUAAACUCUUCACGUGUACCUAUUCCAUUACAUCUUAUUCGUUCUCAUGUUGUUAGCCUACUGUAGCCUUUAAAAUGAACAUGUUAUUGAAUAAGUCGAGUGUCAUUUGUACAGUGGUUGAUUGUCAUUUGUUAAGGUUUAGGCAUGCAUGCUAUUAGGCCUAUUGUAGCCUAGAUUUGUGACAUUUUGUGAAUUUAUCAUGUUAUUUUAUAUGCAUUUUAUUUUUGCAGAAUUAUCACAGAAUGUAUGAAAAUGUGCACAAGACCAUCAUUAUCCUCAUUAGAAUUUGCAGAUGAUUUUUCCAAGUGCGCAACACGUCUUUCGCUCUCAGCUUGGUUGAGGAUCUUGUGGUCACGUAUGACAGGGGCGCAGCGUCAUACUGUUUCCAUAACAUUUAUAUAACAUUUAAAUGAUCUACAUUUAAAAACAUGACCCACUGUUCCAUGUGCUAUUCUGGUUUGAGGGAGAAACGUUUUGUGUUACUUUAAAUCUAGACAAAAAUGAAGUUGUGCUAUUUCAAAAUAUUUGUUCACCUUUAUUGCUGUGGAUCAGGUCAUUGAACACAUUUACAGUGCCUUCAGAAAGCAUUCACACCCCUUGACUCUUUCCACAUUUUGUUUUGUUACAAAGUAGGAUUAUGAUGGAUUCAAUUGUCAUUUUUUCAUUGUCAAAAAACAACCCAAAAUACUCUGUAAUGUAAAAAAUAAAAAAAUAAAAUGAAAACACUAA